AUGUCGAUUGAAGUCAGCCGUAUGACCGUGGAAGACAUCCCAGGUGUGGUUCAGUGCGUUCAAGAUGCGUUUGAAGACGACCCUUAUUUCCGCUGGGUAUUUGACCCUGUCAAGUUUUCGAAGCAAAGAAAUACCAUCUCUAUUAGGAAUCGUUGUCUUUGGGGUCUGAACAAUGGCCUCUUCUACGUCGCUAGAGAACGUAUCCCGCAACAUAAUGGCAAGGAUGUGUCCGAAAAAUCACCAUCGUACCGCGUAGUGGGUGUUUCCAUGUGGCUGCCGCCGGAAACCCCUGACCACAGCGGAAGCUGGACGUCACGAUUUCAGGACUGGCUGCUCAGCGUUCGCCAACUCAUCACCAACAUUCAGUUCAUGGGUCAUGGUGGGCUGCUUGUCCACAGGUACUGGAUCUGGAAGGACUCCCAGUUGAAGGCAACGCAGAAAUUCUGGACUGACCCUCGAGGAUACUAUCACUGCAACGUGGUUGCAGUGCUGCCCGGCAUGCACGGGCAAGGAAUUGGAAAGAGGCUAGUGCAAGUGGUCACCGAUCAAGCUGACAAGGAAGGCAUCAAGUGUUACCUGGAAAGCUCCAAGGCAGAACCCAAUGUCAAGAUUUAUGAGCGCCUGGGGUUCAGAUUUGUAGGGGAUUUGGAUUGCAAUGACAAUGGAAUACUGUGCAAGUUAUACUGUAUGACCCGUGAUCCGAAGCCAUCGACAAGCGACAAGGCGGAGUAG